AUGCACGCCGCAGACCUGAUUCAGAAUUGGGGCGACAAGAACUGUCGCUUUGGUACAAUAUUUAUGCCUCUGGUCGCCGGUGUGGAGUCGGCCGCCUUCUGGGCUUCGCGUGACGACGAGAGUUCUACGGCUCACACUGUGCACAUUGGUGGCACCGUCGCUGAGCUCCUCAUCUGCUUCACGACCGGCCGCAACGACCGCUGGAAGGUUUGGGAAUACAUGUUCUCCGCGAUGGCCUGGGCCGUGGCAGCCUUCCUCGUCUUCGGGAGCAUUUACUUCUGGUUCUUCUUCAACGAGCACCCCGGCAUCGCCAGCUUGUGGAAGCCGCUCAUUGGCAAGACUAUGGAGCGCCCCUCUUGUUGGAUCGGGUAA